CAGAUUAGUUCCCGAGAAUCUGACGGCCGCCGUCUUCCAAUCUGCGGGAGCUCCCAUUGGUUAUAUAUAACCAACGGCGGACUGCUUCACCUGCCUUUGUCGUUGUUAGCUCCGAACUCGGUCGGUUCAUUUGAUUAUCUUCCGAUUUCUUCGUCCGGAUAUUUCGGCGGUGAUUGCUGAGUGAUUCUGCUUCUGGUCGAGUGUGUAGACGAACAGAGAGAGAGAGAGAGAGAGAUGGGGAGCUCGGGGUUCUCAUGGAAGCUGGCGGACCACCCGAAGCUGCCCAAGGGCAAGACGGUGGCGGUGGUGGUGUUGGACGGCUGGGGUGAGGCCAAGCCCGAUCAGUACAACUGCAUCCACAUUGCUGAGACCCCCGUCAUGGACUCCCUCAAGAAGGGUGCAACUGAGAAGUGGAGGCUUGUGAGAGCUCACGGAACUGCUGUGGGCCUCCCCACUGAGGAUGACAUGGGUAACAGCGAGGUCGGUCACAACGCUCUUGGUGCUGGGCGUAUUUUUGCUCAGGGUGCAAAGCUUGUUGACCUUGCUCUUGCUUCCGGUAAAAUUUUUGAUGGAGAAGGUUUCAACUAUGUUAAGGAAUGUUUUGCUUUGGGCACACUUCAUUUGAUUGGGUUAUUGAGUGAUGGUGGAGUCCACUCCAGGCUUGAUCAGUUGCAGUUGCUGCUGAAAGGUGCUAGCGAGCGUGGUGCCAAGAGGAUCCGUCUUCAUGUCCUCACUGAUGGGCGUGACGUGUUGGAUGGUUCAAGUGUGGGUUUUGUGGAAACCAUUGAGAAAGACCUUGCAGAACUACGAUCCAAGGGUAUUGAUGCACAGAUCGCUUCUGGUGGUGGUCGCAUGUAUGUUACCAUGGACAGAUAUGAGAAUGAUUGGAAUGUUAUCAAGCGGGGUUGGGAUGCCCAAGUUCUUGGUGAGGCCCCUCAUAAGUUUAAAAGUGCUGUUGAAGCAGUGAAGACAUUAAGAGCAGCUGGUGCCAAUGACCAAUAUCUGCCACCUUUUGUCAUUGUUGAUGACAGCGGAAAGGCUGUUGGACCAAUUGUCGAUGGCGAUGGUGUUGUUACCUUCAACUUCCGGGCAGAUCGCAUGGUUAUGAUUGCGAAGUCCCUAGAAUAUGCUGAUUUUGAUAAAUUUGAUCGGGUCCGAGUCCCUAAAAUCCGGUACGCCGGCUUGCUCCAGUAUGAUGGUGAAUUGAAGCUUCCCACCCAUUACUUGGUCUCUCCUCCUGAGAUAGACAGAACAUCCGGCGAAUAUCUCGUGCACAACGGUGUAAGAACAUUUGCUUGCAGUGAGACUGUCAAGUUUGGUCAUGUCACGUUUUUCUGGAAUGGGAAUCGCUCUGGUUACUUCAAUCCUGAAAUGGAGGAGUAUGUUGAAAUUCCAAGUGAUGUUGGAAUUACAUUCAAUGUCCAACCAAAGAUGAAGGCUGUUGAGAUCGCUGAGAAAGCCCGUGAUGCCAUCCUCAGCCGAAAGUUUGACCAGGUAAGAGUCAAUCUACCAAAUAGUGACAUGGUGGGACACACGGGAGACAUUGAGGCAACAAUUGUGGCAUGCAAGGCUGCUGAUGAGGCUGUAAAGAUAAUCCUCGAUGCGAUAGAGCAAGUCGGUGGGAUUUAUGUUGUCACUGCCGAUCACGGAAACGCUGAGGAUAUGGUGAAGCGGAACAAGUCCGGGCAGCCUCUUCUUGACAAGAGCGGCAACAUUCAGAUCCUCACUUCCCACACACUUGAACCUGUCCCGAUUGCUAUUGGUGGCCCUGGGCUCGGCCCCGGUGUUAGAUUCCGCAGCGAUGUGCCUAACGGCGGCCUUGCAAAUGUAGCUGCGACUGUGAUGAACCUCCAUGGGUUUGAGGCUCCUAGUGAUUACGAGCCGACCCUCAUUGAAGUGGUUGAUAAUUAGAGGCGAUCAUAGUGAGAAUGAAAGAGACAUAUAUUUGCCUAAAUUUUGAAUUGACUCACCUGGGAAGGGGUGAAUGCUAAUCACAACCUGCUAUACAUGAUUCGGUUAAUAAGUCGAAAAUUUUUGAGCUCGCCCACCGGUUGGUUCGGUUGGUGGUGUUACUAUUUUAUGGGAUUUUUCAACUUGAGACUUCGGAUUGAUGCCUUCUUUUGC